UGUUCGGAGUGCGUAGACUACAUCUAAUUUACUUUUUUGUUUUGUUAAUGAUUUAGUGGCUUUAAUUAGAAAGUUAAUGUAACGAAUACGCUAUUCGGCAUUAAGCUUUCUAUUGCCGUACUAGUGAUGUGAAGUGCUAUUUGUAACGUAGUAAUCAAAGAUGGAAGGUGACACAGCAGCCCUCCGUAAGGCGGCUCCAAACUGGAACCUAGCCGGAGACAAACAGCUGCUUGAAAUGUUACAACAAAUUCAUCAGUCAAUUAUGACAAAAUGCCAAGAAGCCAAUGCGAAACUGGAUUCAAUGGUCGAUGCUCUGGACAAUGCCAGCAUUGAUCUGCAAAAUGUUAACAAUAAAUUUAUAGCUUUAAGUAAUAGUCAGUUUGUCGAGAGCCGAGUUUAUGAUGACGACGUUGAUAUAAAACCAGAAGAGUCAUCGCCUAAACAAGAAGCACCAAAACUUCAACCGGAAAGCGACCUUCAGAAGAUCAAGCGUAGUCUCCAAAAGCUGGAGAUGAUGCAUGAACCGGUUGUCAUCAUGGAUAGUGACAGCUCUGAUGACGAGGAGAGCAGCAUGGUGUUGAAACCCAAGGACGUGUAUUCACACCGACCAGUGCCUUAUGUAAUUGGAUCACAAGCGUGGAAGAACAAAUGGCACGCAGGUCUUUUACCUGAAGACAGUGACACCGACAGCUCACUGUCCAAACGAGAUGUCGCACCAGAGGAGGAGUACUCGGACUCGGAGCCGGAGAUAGCCGAGGACGCGACCGACAAACACGCACAGAGAACUAUAUCGUCAUCGUCCAUGGAGUCGGAGGUGCUGUCUCGCUGCAGCCAGCCGCCCGCCGCCGCCGACGUGGCCGCCGAGCUGGCCCGCAGACUGGCCGGACCGCCCUUGCCUGUUCCCGCACCGGAGCAAACCGUUCCACCUCCAGAGCCGACUACGAGAAAAGUUUAUGGGAUGGACAAACCGACACCAGCAACGAUUUUCCCAAACGAACCACCUCCGCUGGACUCAUACGAGUCCGACAAGUAUUCAGAUGAUGACAUAUUCGCGGAACUACACAAGAAACCCAAUCAAAGUCGCUACAGGGAUUCGAAUCGAUCGAGUUUCGGUGCGAGUAAUGUCGUGGAAGAAUUAUUCGGUGACCGCUCACAGGUGUCAGACGACAUCGGCAACAUCGUCCCGGAUUAUGUGCAACCGAGUUCCAGCUUCAGAGAAGAUUCGCCUUUAUUUGAUAAAGUAGUACCGACACGUCCUGAUGAAAAGUCUACGAACAAACCAACAUCGUCCAUUGCUGAUAUCAAUGUCAAGAAACCGAUAGGAGGUAUAUCUUUGUUCGGGUCGAACAAAGGCGCUGAAAGCAUCGGCGCCGCCAUUUUAAAACGUAAUCAACGAAAGUCCACUUCAGAUGAAGAUAGUAGUGACAUCACUGACUCACAUUCUCCACCUGUCAAAGAAACGACUCUACCUGUAAGAGAGAAUAAGAAAAUUAUCGAAGAACUAUUUACUAAACCUACUAAUAAACCGGCCGUUAAAAACAUGGAUAAAAAUGUCGUUAACAAAGAAACCACGAAACCUGUAAAAGAUAAAGAAAAGAUGGUUGAAGUUAAGGCGAAGGAUAAAAUUGAUUUAUUCAGCGAUAAUCUAUUCGACGAUAUCGACGAUAUUUUUACUACGAAUGUAACGAAACCAACAGUCAAUAAAAAUACGAAAUCUAUUUUCGAUGAUGACGAUCUCUUCUCAGAUAUCGUCGAAUCGAAAGAUAAACCACAAGUGAGAAAAGAUACAAAAAGCAUAUUUGAUUGUGAAGAUGACUUAUUUACAGAAACAGAUAAGACUACAACUGCAACUAAUGAAACCAGAACUAGUACUAUAAAAACAGAUACAUUUCCUAGUGGAAAAAUAAGUAAAACAAAAGAAGAAAAUGUAAAAGUUAAAAGUAUUUUCGAUGAUAACAGUGACGAUGACCUAUUUUCGGAUGUGGCUAAUAAAUCGAAGCCUAAAGUUGUUAAAGAAGAUAAUAAUAAAAAUGAAAUUAUAAAAUAUAUCGAUAGUGAAAUUAAAACCUCAAAAGAAGCUACGAAUGUAAAUGAUUUAGUUUCAAAUGAAAAUAAUCUUAUUGUUGAUCAAAAUACAAAUACGUCUAAUAUUAAGUCUAGUAAUAACUCAGUACUUAUAAAACAAACACGAAGUCCUAAUUUAUUCGAUGAUGAUGAUGAUGAUUUAUUCACUAUGAAUACAGAUCAAACGGUUGUUGAAACACUACAAAAAAAUGUUAAAGAAGUUUCUUACUCAGACAAUAAAACGGAUGAAGUAAAUGUUAAAGUUGAUGUAAAUGCAGUUGAAAAUAUAAAUGCAUUAGACAAUAGUUUUGAUAGAAAUAAAAUAUCAGAUAGUAAAGAAAUAUUAAAACAAAAUGUAAAUAAUUAUGAAAAGGAAAAUUUAAAUAUCCAAACAGCUGUAAUUACGGGUAAUGAUGAAAAUUUAGAUACUAACAAUUACACUAAUAAACAAGAAAAUAAUGAAAAACAAUCAACAAAUAUAAAUGACAGUGAAAUAAUAAAAACAAAAAGAAAUCAAAUCAAAGAGGAACUAAAUGGUGAUAAUAUCAUAGAAAAAAAAUUAACUCCAGAAGAACCUUUAUUCUCUGAACAAGUAAUAGAAUCGAAAGAACCCGACAUAUUUAGUGAUAUAUUUAAUGAUUUACCUCCAGCUUUUGAAAAACCUAAAAGUGAAUCUAAAAGAAGUAAAAAUGUGAAUGCGCUCUUUGAUGAUGAUUCGGAUGAUGAAGCGUUGUUUUUUAAGAAAAACGAUGUGAUAAGUGAUGAAAAACCAGAUCUAGAUUUCAGUAGUGACAGAUUUAGGAUAUUUCACGAUGAACCACCGGAUAUAGAGGUCGACUUUUCUCAGAAGCCCUUAAAAAGUACAAACACUGUAUCAACUGAAGAACCUAUUGACGAAUUAUUCGAUGAAAUACCCCAAUCCGAAAAUAUUGAAUCAAAAUAUCUAGAAGAACACGUCAUACCUAAAUCAAAUAAAGACGUACCGGAUACAAUUAAGAACCCCGUCGAAACAGUAGAUAUUACGAAAUUAUUAGAAGACUUUAGCGAAACUGACAAAAAAGAUGUCAAUAUUUCAAAACUUCUUGAAGAUGAUGAAUCUGAUAAAGAUAGUAGUAAUAAUGAUGAAACAAAUAACUUAAAAAGUGAGUCAUCAGUGGAACAAACAAUACAAAACAUCGAACAAAAUAAAACAUUGGAAUAUGAAACUAAGGAAUCAAAAUCGUCAGAAGAAGACUCUAACAAAAAGCCUAUAGGGAAACUAAAACCUAUGAACUUUAACAUAAAUGUUAAAACUUUGAUGCCCGGAGCUUCUCCUAAAAAGAACAAAACAAACGAAGAGACAGACGGACAGAUCCUAUCAACUAAGAGCAAUGAAGACAUUAAUAUACAUAGUCCCAAUCAUACUGAUUCAAAAAUAGCGAAAUCUGUUAGUUUUGAUGGCAAUCCAGAUUCAAAAGUAUUAGAUAAUAAACUAUCUAAGGACAGACCUAAAAUUCAGGUCAAAAGACGUCCUUCAACAAGACGAGCUAGAUUGGAAGCUGUUAGAAAAUCUGGUAUAGACUUUGGGUCGGACUCCACUGAUAAUUCAAGUUCUUUUGACGAACCUAAGCCUACAGAAUCCUCAAAGGUUGAAAUUAAUAGCAAACAAGUAGCAACUGUUGAACCUAGUGAAGAAACUGAUACACAACAAAUUAAUCCAACUUCAACAAAUAAAAUACCAAUAGAUAAUUAUAGUUCAAAAAUAGAACACGAAUCGGGUGACGUUUCAGAUAAAAUGAAAACGGAAGUCAAAUCAAAGAUUGUAUACAUAUUAAACGACGAGGACAUAUUUUCUGACUCUAGUCAUAAUACAGUGAUCAAAAGCGAAAACAAUUGCAGUGAGAGCAACAUUAAAACCAUCGGUAGAGCUUACGGAGAAAUUUCUAAAGCAGAAACUACAUCAAAAGAUAAAAGAAAAGAUGAAUCGAAAGAUAGAAAACCUCUUUUUGAUGAUCUCAGCGACGAGGAACUCUUUGGUAAUAAGAAGCCAUCAGUACAAAAGACGAAAGAAAGUAUAUUUGACUCGGAUAACGAAGCUGAUCUGUUCAGCAAGAGGGCAGUGAAACCUGUUGAGCAAAAGAAGAAGGCGGCCAGAGCUUCUCUAUUCGGUGACAAAAGCGAUGAUGACGAUUUGUUCGCAAGUAAAACCUCAAAAAUAUCAGACGUAAAACCAACUCCACCAAUUCAAUCGACGAACAAACCAACGGAAGUCGUUUUUGAAGAUCCUUUGUCAUUAUUUGGAGAAGAUGAGAAUUGAUGCCUUAUGGUAUUCGUAUAUUAUUGUUGCAUUAUAGAAAGAGACACAAAAAAUACAUUGUAUAUAAAAUUUUCGGUGAUUUUGUUCACCCAAAAAAACCCAAAUGAAUUAAUUGAUUUUGUUAUUCAGUUAUGAUGAAUUCGCAGAUCGCUAUGUGAGUAAUUUGUCAAUUCUUGGGCUCUUUUGUGAAAAAUAUUUACAAAUAACUUAUAUUUUUUAGAUA